GUGACGCACACAUAACUGUAAGCUCAGCUCGCACACAAGUUUUGAUCAUAGUGUUCCUGAUCCUGCUCCCAGUCGACACCAAAGAAGAAUGAUGACAAGAAAGCCUGGUAAGAGCUUCAGAAAGCUGGUGCGGAGGGGCAACAGUGUCCGAGACUCUCUGUGGGGGAAACUGACCUCACGCCACAAACACCAUGGAUACACAAACCCUGGGGAUCAUAACUUGAAUUCAAAUCAAGGUCAGGAUCUGAUGGUUAAUCAGUCAGAACCGCCACUAGGUUGCCCUGCCACAUUACGAAGAUCUCUUGUAUUGGAAAAAGAAGAUGAUGAAACGUUUGGGUUUGAAAUUAUGUGUAACGACAGCCCUGCAGAGGACUUGAGAGUGUCUGUGAGUUGUGUGAGCCCAGACAGCCCAGCUGAGAAAGCUGGCAUGAAACCUGGGGAUGUCCUUGUGUCGGUAAAUGAUGUGUGUAUAACAGAAUUCCCUCAUCAGCAUAUCACUGACACCAUUCUGAAUUCUGGUCUCAGCAUCAGGUUGGAAACAGUUAGUGCAGUCAUGGCUAAGCAACUGGAGUUGAAGAGGAGAUUAUGGCAGCUGAAGUGUUGUCUAAAAGAAAAGUCAACUGAGUUCUACGUGCUGGCUUCGAGGGAAGAACAAUUAACUGGAGAAAAGCUGGGGAAUCGUCUGCUUGGGGAGUCCCAGCUGUCCCUGUCCUCCUUACCUGGGGACGAUGGCAGCUCUUGCCGAAGCAGCAGCAGUGGAAGCCGAUUGAGUGCGUGGGGAAGCACAGACGCCAGCUCCCUGUGUUCGGUGUUGGAGGACCUCUCCUUCAGUCCGCUCGCUGCUGUCCCAUCCAAUGGAGAGAACCGGCAUUCGUUCACAUUCUUGGAUUCAGCCCACCUGUCACACCUCGACGCUCCCUCUCCACUGUGCUUGAGUUCCUCGGAACUCUCCACCCAAGUGUCCUUCUACAGAAGCCCUUCAAAACGACGAGCCAAGCAGGGUGGUGGCCGGAACCGGUUCACCGGUCUCUUUUCAAACUCUCAGGGUUCUGUGGCAGAGGAAGGGGUCAAGGUGGAUGUAUGACAAGGACUCAAACAUCUAUGUUUAUUCUACACUGUAAAGUUCACUUUUGCUAAAAGUGUUAAACUCCAUAAAUUAAGAGUUAUUUUUAACACGGAAGGUGUUAAAUGACACAAUUUUGAUUUGAAGACAGUAACAAGCUCUAGCCUUUAAAUUUGUUUUAACACUUAAUGAAAUGGGACCAUGUAAACUCAGAAUAGUGUUGAAAUCAACUCAUAAAGAGAUAACUGGUUGAUUAUACUGUGUAACAACUACAUUCUUAAAAGCAUGUCUACUCUACUGAUGCAUGAUCUGGGUGUUGUUGUCUGGCACCAAGUAGGCCUACCAGAUGAGCCACGGCAAGAAAACCACAUAUCAAAUGUAUGUGUUCUUUGGGAAAUUAAUAUGAACACAUGUGAUACAUUAUCUUACUGCCAUGCUACACUGUUUGUGGAGCGUAAAAACAGUUUUAUAAGACUGGUCUAAUAUUUCUGAAUGUACGCACCGCCGUUACGUCUGGUGUAGCCAGUUCCACUGAUUAUAGUGGAAGGUAAUUGUUGCAGCUUACGCUCGGCAAACCGAACGCUUCAGUUACAUGCCUGGUGUAGCCUGUAGUGAUACUGUCUGCUGUCUGUCUUUAUGGCGUGUCUUCUGAAGCUUGUCAUACUCUGAUGCCUGGGCUCUGAGACAUCAAAUUAUGAAGCAUUAGCUGAGACAUGUAAAUAUUGUGUUCCUAAAAUCAUUGCUCCUGCAGAGUGUUUUCCAAAGUAGACUGGUUAUUUUCAUAGCUCAUAGUAGUUUUCACACCAUUUCUUUUUAUGGUCAAGUUGUAAAUACUGAAUUGUUAUUGUAAGUCAGUCAGUCAUCCUAAAAUAGCCUACUGUCUUUGUUGUAAUUUAUUCUAUUAUUUAAUUUUAUUUAUAUGUCCUCUCAUGUCUGCACACUAGUUUAAUUAAAACAGUCCAUCUGA